AUGAUCUUUAAGGGUUUUAUACUGCUUAUUGCAUUUGCAUCAUUGACUUUAUCACUUCCAGUCAAAUCACCAGAUGCCCAACUUGUUCAUUCAACAGCUAAUUCUGAGUUUUUCAGUAUCAAUAAUGUAUCAAGUGUUUUGGAAAGAGAAUUGAGAUCUCUUAUGGUAUUGAAUAAGAUUGAUGUAUCUUUAGUCGCUGAAAAUGAUAAUGAUGACAAAGUUUUGAUUAUUCCAAGACACCAUAUAAAUGAAAGAACCAUGAAUGGAUUAGGAUUCAGAGAUUAUGUUAAACAUGCUAAAAAAUUGAAGUUGUCCAAUAGAGAAUUUGAUUCAAGUUUAGAAAUCUUAGUUCCUGAAAAGACAAGACCUUUUUUCAUUUUCAAUACAACUGAUCCACUCAAUAUUCCAAUUCAAAAGACAAGAGUUGAAUAUUCAAAUUUCAUUGAUCAUUCGACUCCAUUUGAUUUACCUGAAUUUUCUGAAUUCACAGAUUUUUGCUUGGUUAUAAACGCACCAAAGAAGUUUGAUAUUAAGCUUUUACACGAUGAUAUGUUAUUGGUUCCAAAAUAUAUGUUACCGCUUUAUAAACAAGCUUUAGAUGAACAAAUUCCAUUAUUGGCUUUAAUUUUCAACACAGGAAGUAAUGCUUUUGAUGCCAAAGAACAUAAUUUACCAUUGUUAAAAGUUAAAAACUAUAUUGCUAGUGAUUUUAGUCUGUUUUUUGACAUAUUUGCAAGAGAAUGGAUUGGUUCUGUUGGAUAUUCACAAUUGGUUCAUUCAAUUUUCUGUACAGUUAACGUUCAAAGCUCAAGCAAUAGCUAUUGUAUUAAAGUCAAAGAAGAUAUGAAUAACUUGGUUUUAUUUCCAGCAUACAAUGGAUUAAAAAAGGAUAAUGGUGUUGAGAAAAGACAUUUUAUUUCAGAUGAUUCAGAUGAUGAACAAAUUAAGUUUGCAUUAUACACUGGUGGCGAUAAAGUUGAAGAAUCUUUAGGUCUUGAAAAACGAGGUGGAGCAGGUGGUUCUUUAUUACAGAAGGUUAAGAAUAGUGCAAAAUUUCAAGAGUUGACUUUACCACUUUCUAUUAUCAAAGAUAAUGAUGAUGAUGCCACAAAAAGCACUGAUACAUAUAGUCCAAGAGCAAAAGGAUAUUCACAAGUUCUUUCUAAAUUAAAACAGCAUAAGAACAAACUUCAACCAAGAGAUGCUGCUAAAGUUAAUCAUCAUGAAUGGGAUGCUGCCAAAUUGGAUGAUCUUUCUGAAAAAUUGAGUGAUAGAUUGAAAGUUAAGAAUGAAAGAAAGAAAGUUAAAGAUAAUUCAAAUACUUUUGUUAUUUCACAAGCUUCAAGACAUGUACAAAGAGAAACAGAUAAGAAUGGGAAAAAAAUCAAGAAAGUAUUCAAAACUAAAAAUAGUGAUGAACCAAUAAAUGAAGAUGAGAGUACCAUAACAUUGAAGCAAGUUCAAGAUGCUACACCAAAGAAUUCAGACUCUCAAGAACAUACAGAUAAAGUUCCUUCAAAGGCUGAAAACAAGGAAUCAGUACCAGAAUGUCUACCGAUAACAUGGGCUAAUGUUUUUCAUCAAAGUAUAUUUGGGAAUCAAAAAUUUUGUGGUGUAUAA